AUGGGACUGAUACCUUCACCAGCAGCCCAAGCAGCUGCCAGAGCCAACGGCCCAUCACUCGCUCUCCCGAGCAGACCCAGCAAUGGCAAUUCCAACGGCAAACAGCCCGUUGAUGUACAGAGCCUGCUUCAACGACAAGCAGCGGCCAGAGCAGCAGAGGAGCAACCCAAGUUCAUGUCCAAGAGACAGCGAGAAGAGCUAGCGGCACGAGAGGCAGCAGCUGCUGCUGCUCUUGCAAGCCAGAAGGAGCGUGAAGCCCAAGUCAAGCAUGAGCAACGCUUGGCCGCCGCUCUGGCUGCCAGUCAAGAGACCUCACGACAAGCUGCUCAAGAGAGGCAGCAGGACAGCAGACGGGGAAAGGCCGGGUACAGGGGGAGAGGUCGGGGAGCCUUUGCUGCUCAAUCAUCUCGUGAAACGCCCAAUCUGCCCUAUGAUGGUCCUCCGGCUACAGACGGUUCUACCACAAAGGGCGAUGACAGCCUGCCUGUAGUCGACAAGUCGCUCCUAGCGACACGCUAUCUGGGUGCCAACGUCGCCUCUGCACGCUCGGGCUCGAACGGCUCAGGCGCGCAACAACGCAAGAGGCUCAAAGGCGGACAGGACAAGAAAUUCUUGUUCGACUGGAAUGGCGAUGAUGAUACGGGCGCGAACGAGUACGAUCCCCUGUACAAGCAACGUAUAGAGGGUGCCAUAGCCGCCGCUGCGGCUGCUGCUACCGUCACCAGACAUGGAACAAGAGCCAUCGAUCAGGACGAUCAACCUCUUGCUGGGCCAAGCAUCAAGAAGAUCACAGAGGGCAAGGGCAUCAUGGACGAACGACACUGGUCACAGAAAUCCUUGAAGGAGAUGAGGGAGCGAGACUGGAGAAUCUUCAGGGAAGACUUCUCCAUUGCUUCCAGGGGUGGCCAUAUCCCUCUCCCUAUACGUUCUUGGCGAGAGUCUGCCAUACCGGAGGACAUACUCGCCAUCGUUGACGAUAUGGGCUACAAAGAUCCUUCUGCUAUCCAACGUCAAGCCAUACCGAUCGGAUUGCAAAACAGAGAUCUCAUUGGGAUAGCAGAGACAGGCUCCGGCAAGACGGCUGCAUUCGUCAUUCCCGCCUUGGCCUACAUCGGUCGCUUACCUCCCAUAACCGAACAGACUGCCCACCUCGGUCCCUAUGCACUCAUCCUUGCUCCCACUCGCGAGCUGGCGCAGCAGAUCGAAUCGGAAGCACGACGGUUCACCUCAAAAUUGGGCUACAAAGUCGUCAGCAUUGUCGGAGGUCGAGCGGUAGAAGAGCAAGCGUUCAAUAUGAAGGACGGCUGCGAGAUCGUCAUCGCCACGCCUGGCAGAUUGAAAGACUGUAUCGAGAGGCACAUACUCGUCCUGUCCCAGUGCACCUACGUCGUCAUGGACGAAGCGGAUAGGAUGAUCUCGCUCGGCUUCGAAGACGUCCUCAACUUUAUACUCGACUCGCUGCCCGUUUCGAACAUCAAACCCGAUACAGAGGAAGCAGAGGAAGCAGAUGCUAUGCUCAAAAGGCUCAACGAUACUGGCUCGGGCAUGCCCCAACAACUCUAUCGUCAGACAGUCAUGUUCUCUGCGACGAUGCCUCCGGCGUGCGAACGUCUAGCGAGAGCCUAUCUGCGUCGUCCUGCCAUUGUCACCAUCGGUGUAGCCGGUCAAGCUGUCGAUACCGUCGAGCAACGCGUCGAAUUCAUUCACGGCGAAGAGAAGAAGAAACAUCGGUUGCUCGAGUUGCUCAACAGUGGCGAGUUCCAACCGCCCGUCAUCGUCUUUGUCAACCAGAAGAAAUCGGCCGACGGUCUCGCAAAGGAUAUCAACCGGGGUGGAUGGCGAGCGACUACGUUACAUUCCGGCAAGAAUCAGAUCCAGCGAGAAGAAGCGCUCGCUUCUCUACGUUCUGGCGAGAUGUCUGUGCUCGUGGCAACUGAUCUGGCAGGAAGAGGUAUCGAUGUACCCGAUGUCUCACUCGUCAUCAAUUUCCAAAUGGCCAACAAUAUCGAAUCCUACGUUCACAGAAUCGGAAGAACCGGUCGUGCUGGACGGACUGGCGUCGCUGUUACCUUCUUGACAAAUGACGAUGACGAAGUGAUGUACGAUCUCAAGCAGGAGAUCUCGAAAUCACCCAUCAGUAAAGUUCCGCCCGAGCUCGCUCGUCACGAAGCCGCUCAGACCAAAUUUUCGGCGGCGAUGAAGAGGCGCGCGCAAGACAUGGAAGCAGAGCAAUGA